AUGGCAUUACCUGGCGAAGAUAGUGCCGUUAAGGUCGCGAUUCGUGUGCGGCCAUUCAAUAAGCGAGAAAUCGACUUGAAUACGAAAUCAGUUGUAAAAAUAAACAAGGAGCAAUGCAUCCUUAGUCAUCCAACGGAAGACAAACAAUCCAAGACGUUUACCUUUGAUCAUUCCUUUUGUUCAACAAAUCCGAAUGAUCCAGAAUUUGCAAGCCAGGAAACGGUUUGUUACCAUUUGGGAUCUGGAGUAGUCGAGAAUGCGUUUGCUGGAUACAAUGCUUGCAUUUUUGCUUAUGGUCAAACAGGAUCUGGAAAAUCUUAUACAAUGAUGGGAUCCAAUGAUCAACCUGGAAUUAUUCCACGAGUGUGCAAUGAGAUUUUCACCCGAAUCAAAGAAACUUCCAAUGAUUCUUUGUCAUUCAAAGUUGAAGUUUCAUAUAUGGAAAUCUAUAAUGAGCGAGUGCGCGAUCUUCUCGACCCCAAGAAGUCGAGUAAAGCAUUAAAAGUUCGCGAGCACAAAAUACUUGGCCCCAUGGUUGAUGGAUUGUCAAUACUUGCCGUGAAUUCUUUUGAACAAAUUUCAAAUCUACUCGAGGAGGGAAAUAAGUCGCGAACGGUUGCCGCGACUAAUAUGAAUGCUGAGAGCUCGAGAUCUCACGCAGUCUUCAGUGUCAUUCUUACACAAACACUACGUGAUCUUGAAAAUGGGUUUAGUGGUGAAAAAGCGGCAAAAAUAUCGUUGGUUGAUCUUGCCGGAAGUGAGAGAGCAGGAAAAACCGGAGCUGUUGGGAAGAGGCUGGAAGAAGGAGGAAACAUCAACAAGUCGCUAACAACUUUGGGAAUGGUUAUUUCUGCGCUAGCUGAGAGAACAAAUUCAAAAAAAGAAAAAUUCAUCCCAUAUCGAGAUUCUGUUCUUACAUGGCUAUUGAAAGACUCUCUUGGUGGAAACUCGCGGACUGUUAUGAUUGCUACUCUUUCUCCAGCUGCGGACAAUUAUGAGGAAACACUUUCCACUUUGCGAUAUGCUGAUAGAGCGAAGAAGAUCGUGAAUCACGCUGUUAUCAAUGAAGAUCCGAAUGCGAAGGUUAUUCGAGAGCUUCGUGAAGAAGUUGAAACGCUCAGAAUGCAGAUCACACAAACCAAAAAAGAACAUGCUGAAACUCAAGAACUUCGUGAUCGCUUGGCUGAAAGUGAGCGUUUGGUUGCGCAAAUGAACAAAUCUUGGGAAGAGCGACUCAAAGAAACUGAAACUCUCAAUAAGGAGCGCCAGCGUGAUUUGGCAGAAAUUGGAAUUUCCGUGGAAUCGAGUGGCAUCAAGGUGGAAAAGGAUCGCUUCUAUUUGGUAAACAUGAACGCUGAUCCAUCUCUCAAUGAGCUGCUCGUUUAUUACAUCAACGGCUCGGCAAUUAUUGGGAAUUCCGAGGAAUUGGAAACGAGCCGUGACUCGGGAUUAUCUAUGUCAAUGGGCGAAUUAAAUGGAAAGAAAGAAGAAAAUGAGCGCACGAGUAUCGUGCUUAGGGGUCUCGGUGUAAUGAGAAGGCACGCGAAAUUGACAGUGGAGGAAUAUGGUGGAAAACCGAGAUUGUUCGUCACACCAUUGGGUGCCGAAUGUCGUAUUUGCGUUAAUGGAAAACAAAUCAGUGACAAAACUUUGCUCCGAAAUGGAAAUCGUCUUCUCAUUGGAAUGAAUCACUUUUUCAAAGUUAACUGUCCCAAAGUUAUCGACAUGGAACAGUCUGUUAUGGAAGACAGCACCAUAUUCGAUUAUAAUGAUGCCUGGCAUGAGGUCAAUGAUUCAAAUCCCAUUAGUUCUGCUGUUGAUCAGUAUAUGGAAACGGUGACAUUAAAACAUCAGGAGGAUAAAAAAGCUGCUCUUGAGCAGCAGUAUGAAGCUUUCGAAAAAUAUAUUCAAUCUUUAACCGCUGGCGGUUUCACCCCUUCCACACCAAUGACACCAGGAUUUGCACUUCCCACCCCAAUCACGACACCGACUGGUUUGCCGCCGUUCCCAUUUCCGACCAACCCUAAGCAAUCAGUGAAAAGCAAGUUUUUCUACUGGGCACAACGAAAAGAAGAAAUGUUUUCCGAAUCGCUGAAACGCCUGAAAGCUGACGUCAUUCAUGCGAAUGCGCUGGUUCGCGAAGCAAAUAUGAUUUCUCGAGAGCUCAAUCAGGGUUCCCGACGUCAGACAACAUAUGACGUGACGCUUCAGAUUCCAGCAUCAAAUCUUAGGCCAAUAAAAAUUAAAGCUGGAGCUUUUGUGUGUGAACCAGUAAUUGUUGUAAAGCGAGAAGGAAUGAGUGGCAGCCAAUUCUGGACAGUUUCACAACUUGAAAGUCGACUUGUUGACAUGAGAGAAGCCUACAAUGAUAUGAUUAAUGGCUACACUAGAUCUACUAAUUCUCUACAAGCAACCCCCACCGCUUCACCAGCAAAAAGUCUUGGUGGCCUUUUAGAGCCAUCACCAUUGGUCAUCGAUCCCUUCUUUGAAAGCCAAGAGCAUCAUAACUUGAUAGGAGUGUCUAAUGUUUUUCUAGAGGUCUUGUUCCAUGACCUAAGACUUGAUUAUCAAGUUCCUAUUAUUUCUCAACAGGGCGAAGUUUCUGGCCGACUACAUGUUCAAAUUUUCCGGGUUAUGACUCAGGAAGAAGCUGAUCAGUCAACAAUAGAUUCCACGUACAAUUCACCGGAUAGCUUCCUUGGAAAAACGAUUACUUGUCGUGUUCGCAUAAAACGAGCAUCCGGAAUUCCGGAGAAGCUAUCGAAUUUUGUAUUCUGCCAAUACUCGUUCUUCAACAUGUCGGAAAUGUUAGUUGUUGCUCCUGCAAAUGAAGCGGCGACAUCGGCGCAUUCGCCGACAACCGUCAUAUUUGAACAUCAACGGGAUUUCAAUGUCAUGGUUACCGAGGAGUUCAUGGAAUACGUCCGAGAUGAUGCGCUCUCGAUAGAAAUUUGGGGUCAUCGUGUGUGCGGACAUAAGGAAGAUCGAGUGUUGGACACUGAUGAGAAAUCCAAGUCAUUGCAAAAUCGAUGGAUGGAAGUGACACGCCGCAUCGAGUUUUGGACUGAAGUGAAGGAGCUGAACGAUAGUGGAGAAUGGAGCAGUGUCGAAUGUCGCCAGGCCGAUGACGUGGCUACUGGCGGAAUAUAUCAACUAAAGCAAGGACAGCAACGACGUUUGGUUGUAGGAAUUGAUCUUGUUACAAGUGAUGGAUUGCCCCUUGGAAUUGAUGGAAUCACUUCCGUCAGCAUUGGCGCAAUCAUGCCAGUAAAAGCUGGAUCUCAGCAAAAGUCUGUAGACAGUUACCAAGAAGAAGAUUUGGAAAGAAUUCGAAAACAAUGGUCCCAUGCACUUAAAACUCGUCAACUUUACCUGCAACAUCAACUCGACACGUUAUCAUCGAAAGCGAAUAAAUCUGAAUCAGAACUUGAAAGAGAGCACUCAUUGAUGGGUCAAUGGGUUGCACUGACCGAAGAGCGUACUGCUGUUGAAUGCCCUGCACCGAAUUCAUGCAUUCCAGGAGCACCAUGUGAUUGGAUUGCACCGGAAGGUGUUGAGAGACACAUUCCUGUUCUGUUUUUGGAUCUCAAUUCAGAUGAUAUGACUGGUGAAAUGACAAGUGAUGAAAGUGUGCCGCGAAUAGCUGGAAUGCACUCAAUUCUCCCAAUUGAACCAGAAGGAACUAUGCUCAUGCUCCCAAUCCAUGAUUAUAAUGAUAAGGAACACAUUGCCACGUGUUCCUGGGAUACUUCAAUUCAUGACAGUUAUUCGUUGAAUGUUCCAACUCAUGCUAAUGACCGAGUAUACGCCAUUGUUAAAGUGAUGUUACGCCUAUCCCAUCCGUCACCAAUGCAUAUCGUUCUUCGCAAAAGAAUUUGCUUACAAGUGUACAAAAAGCCAAGUCUGACUGAGAAAUUGUUCAAACGGAUGAUGGGAAGCGAAACCAUCCAUAGAACAUCAGUUCUUUAUGAUAUUGUCGGGCAUAUUCCAAAGUCUUCGCAAGACAUGGAAGAUCGAUCUUCACUGGCAAUGCUCGCGGCCAAAGAGACUUCAGUUAUUGAUGAAAGGAAUGGGAAGCCGGAAAAUUGUAACUCUAAGAGCCAGCAACCCCUCAAUUAUAUCGAAGCCUACACAAAGAGCAUUCAAGCGGUUGAGUCAAUGCUCAAGCUAGACAGAUUGCGACAAGAGGUGGCAAUAACUAAUAUGCUUUCUAAGAAGGAGAGAUUAGCAAGAAUCCAGAACUUUGGAUUGCCAACUCUUCGAAUGAAUAGAGCAGUUAGUCUUCCUAAUGCGAUUUCUUCUGCUGGACAGCUUAAUCCGAAUGAACGCCGAAGCGAUACACCGAUGAGUAUUUCAUCAUCAAACUCGAUGGCGCGCCCCACAUCUCUAAAUCUGAAACCUCUUUGCAUUGGAAAGUUAACCAGCAUUGUGAGCCCAUUCAAUGAUAAAUUGGCGGGAAUUUGCGAGGAAACAAAAAUUGAAACUAUCCCGACUAGAUCGUCAACUGUUCCUGAAACCAUGUGCUUGUCCGCAGCAGCGUCCGCUAAUUGUCACACAGAAGACGUAAAAAACGGAAAUGAGUCAAAGCAAGAAAAUACAACAAUGCCGCUCAAGAAACCAACCGAGUUGUCGCGCGCAUUCGAAACUAAAUUAUGUCUUCCAUUGGAGAAUAACAACGAAUUUAAUGCAAAAAAGCUUCAGAACGGUGACCUAGUAGAUCUCAAAAUCAAUUGA